ACCGUAGUCUUUGAUAUUGACAACACUAGAAUAAUAACCUAACUUUACAAUUGUAUUAAUUUUUAAAUAAAAAUAGAGUACAAAUAUACUUCUUUUACGCAAAGUUAUCCAUAUGGCUUAAUUUUGAAAUGAUAAUUAUUUCGUAGUCAGUUUAAGUAUACUCUUUGUGUAGUAUCUAUAAACUUAAUUUUAGUUUUGUUUUAACGUUAAACAUUUUGGUCUUUUAAUAUGGGUAUUUUAGAAAAAAUAUCUGAAAUUGAAAAAGAAAUAGCAAGAACCCAAAAGAAUAAAGCAACUGAAUAUCAUUUGGGUCUGCUGAAAGCAAAAUUAGCCAAAUAUAGGUCCCAGUUACUAGAACCUUCUAAAAAAGGUGGUGAUAAGGGUGAAGGUUUCGAUGUACUCAAAUCAGGUGAUGCCAGAGUUGCUCUUAUAGGAUUUCCAUCUGUUGGUAAGUCAACUCUCCUGUCUACUUUGACGCACACACACUCUGAAGCAGCUAGCUAUGAAUUCACAACUUUAACAUGCAUUCCCGGAGUCAUAGAGUAUCGUGGUGCCAACAUACAACUGCUCGACUUGCCCGGUAUUAUUGAAGGUGCUGCUCAGGGCAAGGGUAGAGGUCGACAGGUGAUAGCCGUAGCCCGUACAGCUGACCUAGUGCUAAUGAUGUUAGAUGCAACCAAACCCUACGUGCAUCGACAGCUUCUAGAAAAGGAAUUGGAGAGUGUAGGCAUAAGGCUGAAUAAAAACAAGCCCAAUAUAUAUUUUAAGAUAAAGAAAGGUGGGGGUUUGUCUUUCAACUCUACAUGUCAACUUACUAAGGUGGAUGAGAAAAUGGUCCAGAUGAUAUUACAUGAAUACAAAAUAUUUAAUGCUGAAGUUCUGUUCCGUGAAGAUUGUACUGCAGAUGAGCUUAUUGAUGUCAUACUUGGUAACCGUGUAUACCUGCCGUGCUUAUAUGUUUACAACAAAAUUGAUCAGAUAUCGAUACAGGAGGUGGAUAGGAUAGCUCGUCAACCACAUUCUGUUGUUGUCAGUUGUAAUAUGAAAUUAAACCUUGAUUUCCUCUUGGAGACUCUCUGGGAAUAUCUCGCACUCAUCCGAGUUUACACCAAGAAGCCCGGUCAGCCGCCAGACUUUGAUGAUGGACUUAUUUUAAGAAAGGGCGUGACGAUCGAGCACGUGUGCCACUCCAUCCACCGCUCGCUGGCGGCGCAGCUGAAGUACGCGCUGGUGUGGGGCACCAGCACCAAGUACUCGCCGCAGCGCGUCGGCAUCGCGCACUCCGUGCACGACCAGGACGUCGUGCAGCUCAUCAAGAAGUAACCGGCGACGGCUGCCAGCGACUGGUGACUCACUCGAGUCCUUGUGACAUUUGCAUCGACCGCGGCGUUAAAUCCCUUUUCAAUUGUUGUUCAUUAAUAAAAUGUAAGAAAAAACGUCUCCAAGUGA